AUGGAAACCGUUGAUCUUGUAGUCAUCGGCGCAGGCUGGAGUGGGCUCUCUGCCAUUAAGACCUACUGUGAGGUCAAUCCCGACCACAAUGCCAUCUUGUUGGAAGCUGCUAGCUCAGUUGGUGGAGUCUGGGCUAAGCAUCGUUUGUACAAGGGCCUCAAGUCCAACAAUAUGCUAGGCACAUAUGAGUUCAGCGACUUCCCAAUGAAAGAGGCAACAUUUGGUGUCAAACCUGGACAACAUAUUCCGGGCCAUGUCAUUCAACAAUACUUGGAAGCAUAUUCGCACCAUUUUGGGUUUGCCGACUGUAUUCGAUUGGAUCACCGUGUAGAAAGCGCACGGCAUAACUCGGACGGAACAUGGCAGUUGAGCGUAUCGCAUGGGACCGACACCAUCACUAUUGAUGCCAAAAAGUUGAUUGUGGCCACGGGAAUCACAUCACAGGCAUAUCUGCCUAGCUUUGAGGGCCAAGAAACUUUCAAUGCACCUCUUUUCCACUGUCGUGAUCUGCUACAGCAUCAAGAUGCCAUUUUACAGUUUGGAGAACGCGCAACUGUUUUCGGCGGGACCAAGUCAGGUUGGGAUGCGGCUUAUGCUUGCGCAACGGCGGGUAUGAAAGUUGACUGGAUCAUUCGGCAGUCAGGUCACGGCCCUGUUUGGAUGAGCCCACCCUACGUGACGCCUUUAAAGAAGUGGUUAGAGAAGCUGGUCACCACACGAUUUUUGACCUGGUUCAGUCCAUGUAUCUGGGGAGAUGCCGAUGGCUUUUCAGGCAUUCGCAGCUUCUUGCAUGGUACCUGGUUGGGCCGCAAGAUUGUGGACGCAUUUUGGAACAUUCUGGCCGACGAUGUCAUCCAGCUGAACGGCUACGACAAGCACCCGGAGAUGAAGAAGCUGAAGCCAUGGGUCAGUCCAUUCUGGAUUGCUUCCUCGCUCAGCAUUCUCAAUUAUCCUACCAACUUUUUUGAUUUAAUUAAGGAUGGUACCAUCAAGGUACAUGUUGCUGAUUUGGAGCGACUCUCGGAUCACACUGUCCAUCUUUCCUCGGGCACUACGUUACCAACCACCGCACUCAUCUGCUCAACGGGCUGGCGCUCCACUCCAAAUCUCAAGUUCUUGCCUGAAGGAAUUGACCGCGAGUUAGGAUUCCCCUGGAGUGCAGAUCCACUGAAUGAAAACCUGGUCAAAGCAGCAGACGAAGAAAUUCUUCGCCGUUUCCCUCGACUGCGUGAUCAACCAUGCCCAAAUCCUCACUUCCGUCCAUUGAACGACCAAUCCGAAGCAGCCGUGCCACAUCCCUUCCGUCUGGCCAAAUUCAUGGUACCGCUACCGUUCAUAAGAGAGCGUUCGCUGGCAUUCAUGGGUAUAACAAUGACCAUAAACACCACAUUGAUUGCCCAAACUCAAGCUUUGUGGAUUUCAGCAUAUUUCCGCGGUGAUUUAACUCCGACCGCAACUGAUCGAUGUCCCCUUGCUGUGCGCGCCGCAUCUGAUACGAAGAUGGAAGACACGUCAGAUAUUGACCUCGCCUGGGAGACAGCCCUGCAUUCUGAAUUCGGAAAAUAUCGCUAUCCGGCAGGAUUUGGACGACGCAAUCCAGACUUUGUGUUCGACGCAAUCCCAUAUGUUGAUCUGAUGCUGCGAGACUUGGGUCUAUCCACAGAGCGUAAACAAGGAUUGCUGGCACGAUGCUUCCAACCGUAUGGUGCUGAGGACUAUCGAGGAUUGGUAAAUGAGUGGAAGCUGAAGCAUUCUAUUCAAUAA